AUGGCCACCAUAGCUACAGUUCGAGUCAAUGGCGCUUCAGAACUUCGUGACAUCAAGAGCUCUAGUGUCAGUGUCGUCGAAACCAUCCAAGACUCACCGCAAAACACAAAUGCUGGUGGGGACGAUGUCUCGGAACAGAAUUGGACUUACCCAUAUCCGACCGAUUUCAAGCUUGGUGAGCAUCCAAUCGAUGAUGUUCGCGAGCUCAAGGUAGCUGUUAUCGGAGCUGGGCUCGCUGGUGUCACUGCUGGAGCGUUGCUUCCUGCCAAAGUGCCUGGUUUACAGUUGACAAUACUCGAGAAAAAUCCGGAAGUGGGAGGCACAUGGUUCGAAAAUCGUUACCCAGGCGUUCGCUGCGAUAUUCCUGCAAAUGUCUACCAGACAAGCUUUUCGCCAAACACGCAAUGGAGCGAAGAAUAUGCGCAGGGACCCGAAAUCCUCGCCUAUUGGAAGAGUAUUGCCGCCAAAUAUAACGUCUACGAUAAGAUCAAGUUCCAGGUCAAUGUGCUUGAAGCCGUGUGGGAAAAUGAGAAGUCACAAUGGCGACUCGAGAUUGAGGGUCUUGCCACGGGCGUCAAGCGCACCGAGUACUUCGACUUCAUCAUUUCUGCUAUCGGUCAUUUCAACGAGUGGAAGUUGCCUGAAUAUCCAGGCAUCGACGAAUACGAAGGGCAUCUUCGUCAUUCAACCAAUUGGGACCCGACAUUCGACCCCAGCAGAAAGAGAGUUGCUACAAUCGGUAACGGCGCGUCUGGCAUUCAAGUCACACCUGAGCUACAGAAGAUGGCAAGUCACGUUGACCACUACGCUCGAAGCCCCACGUGGAUUGCAGGAAGUUUCAAUGGGUCGGCAAGAGAACGUCAAGCGACUCCUCUGCACUUUACAUCCGCGCAGCUUGAAUCAUUCAAGGAUCCUGCGACUUAUCUAAAGUUUCGCAAAGAGCUAGAAGGGCCGUUCUUCAGACGCUUCGAUGCUGUUCUCAGAAACUCUGAGACAAGUAAGAACUCGGCUCGCGAUUUCAAAGAAUUGAUGAGAAAGAGACUCGUUGAGAAACCGGAGCUCCUCGAUCAGAUUGUCCCAGACUUUCCUCCGCAUUGUAGAAGAUUGACUCCUGGCCCCGGGUACCUCGAGGCGCUCACAAAACCUAACGUCAGCUUCAUUCAAACUCCGAUCUCCCACUUCACAAAGGACGGCAUCGUCACGCAAGAUGGUGUUCAUCGACCCGUGGAUGCGGUCAUCUGUUCCACCGGUGCGAAUGUAGAUUUUGCUCCUCCUUUUCCCAUCAUUGCCGGCGACUACGACCUCUCCAAAGACUGGAGACCUGACGGUAAGUUCGGAUGGCCUUACUCUUACCUUGGCAUCGCUACUCCAGGGUUCCCAAAUCUGCUGCAUCUUCAUGGCCCCAACGCAGCAGGAGCUUCUGGUUCUGUCCCACACUCAGUCGAGAGUCAAGUGGCAUACAUGGCAAAAGUCCUUCGCAAAGCAAGCAGUCAGGGGAUAUCGAGCAUGCAGCCAUCCAAGGCCGCAGCCGAUGAUUUUGUAACCUACUGCGACGCUUUCUUCCCUCGCACCACUUUCUCGCGCAAGUGCAGUAGCUGGGCAAACGGUCGACGUCCAGGCGGAAGGAUCCAUGGACUUUGGCCUGGUAGUGCGAGUCAUCUUGCCGUGGUACGCAGGGAGCCAAGAUGGGAAGACUGGGAGUACACAUAUGUGAGGCCAGAAAACAGAUUUGCUUACUGGGGCAAUGGAUGGACUAAGCGGGAGUUGGAUCCUGAUAGUGACCCCACCGUGCAUCUCAAAAUGCCAGAGAAGAUGGAUUUGCGAGACUUACAUGAGCGGUGGUGGGACUUGUAA